AUGUGGGCUGGCGCUCACAUUCGACCCAUCCCCGCUUCAACGCCACAGCUGCGUCGUGAAGCCAAGUGGGUGAAACACACUGUCACUGAGCUUGAGAAACAUCGACAGAGUGAACCUUGGGUUGGGGUCAGGCGCCUCCCGGGUAUUGAGUAUCUUGAGGACCCGUCACCUGAAUACCUGAAGCAAGAUGCUCAGAGCUUUGCAAACGAGACUGGCUUGCCGGGAUAUCGGAAAUAUCAAGCACAUGAGUUACCUGAGGGUGUGAAGUUGGGGUUUGAGUAUGAAACGUAUUGUAUCCAUGCGCCCUUAUACACCGCUAGUCUACUGCGCAAGUUUAUUGUUCAGGGUGGAAAGACGCUGCAGAGGGAUUUGAAAAGUGAAUGGGAGGCUUUUAUCACGGCACCUAAUGUCAAACUUGUUGUGAAUGCAAGUGGAAUGGGAUUUGGAGAUGAGAAGUGCUUCCCCAUCAGAGGUCAGACUGUGCUAACUAACCUCGCCGCCGCCGACAAAACAAUCACAACUCAAAAGAAAGACGGUACUUGGAGCUUUAUAAUUCCUCGUUCUUUCAAUGGAGGAACAGUCAUUGGCGGUACCAAAGAAGUGGGCAACUGGCAGCUCGAGCCAUCACAGGAAACACGCAGUCAGCUGUUGAAAGCUGCACAGUCAAUCAUACCACAAGCUUGCGAUAAGAGCCAUAUACAUGGGAAGAUACAGGUAAUCAAAGAUGUGGUGGGACGAAGACCAGCUCGUGAGGGUGGCAUGAGAGUCGAGACUGAAGCUAAGGAUUCGACAUGGGGGGUCAAACAUGUCAUUCAUGCUUAUGGGGCUGGAGGACGAGGAUUUGAACUGUCUUGGGGCGUGGCGAGCGAAGUGGCUGAACUUGCAAGUGAGAUUUUGAAUUCAAAGUCUAGUGCUAGACCGAAGCUGUAG